CACUUCCCUCUUGCACGCCAUUAGCAAUGGAGAUUGGUCCAAGAAUGGUGGCUACUGUUGUUACAGUCAUGAGCUUCGCCGUCUUCUUGGGCGUGGUUUCUGCUGAUCCUGACAUGCUCCAAGAUGUCUGCGUCGCCGAUCUCGCUUCCAAAGUGAAGGUCAAUGGAUUCCCGUGCAAAGCGACUUUCAACGAAACGGACUUCUUCUUCGCCGGGCUGGCCAAACCCGGACUCACCAACAACACCUUAGGCUCUCUAGUGACCGCGGCCAAUGUCGAGGAGAUCCCAGGCCUCAACACCCUCGGCGUGUCCCUAGCCCGCAUCGACUAUGCUCCUUACGGCCUCAACCCGCCCCACACCCACCCACGAGCCACCGAGAUGGUGUUCGUGCUCUAUGGAGAACUAUACAUCGGAUUCAUAACCACCGCUAACGUCCUCGUCGCUAAGACUAUCAAGGCGGGCGAGAUCUUUGUGUUCCCUAGGGGUUUGGUCCACUUCCAAAAGAACGUCAUGGACGCCCCUGCGGCCGUCAUCGCAGCAUUCAACAGCCAAUUGCCAGGGGUUCAAGCCAUCGCAACCACACUGUUUGCGGCCACGCCUCCAGUGCCCGACGACGUGUUGGCCAUGGCAUUCCAGAUUGACGCUCAGCAGGUUGAGAUGAUCAAGGCUAAGCUUGCCCCCAAGAGCUAGUCUCCUUGUUAAACUCCAGACACGUCAAUUCAAGUUUGAUUUGGCCCUAAAAUAAAAUCAAGUUUGACAUUGCAAUUUCGAUUCUGCUCCUCUGAAAAUUGUUAUCUUUGUUGGUUUCAAUAACCCAACGUUUGUGAUCUUUUUGUACCCUUUUUAUUGAAUAAAAGAGGUUUUGA